AUGAGGGGGAACAUCCGGGGAUUUGCGAUUGCGUGGCGUGCGGAGGGAGGUUUCUUGCUCUUGCGGAGCGAGAAGAAGUCGAAGGGACUGCACUACCAGCUGCCUGGCGGCCACGCAGAGUUCCCAGGCGACGCAUCGAGGGCUGCGCAGUUUCUCCAAUCCGAGGCUUCGUCGCGGGCCUUCUUUCUUUCCGCGCCUUCAUCUGCAGAGGCCGCCGGCGAGCAAAGAAAGAAACACGUGGACGAGGAGGAAGUGGCGCGUGCAGCGUGCGCCCGGGAGCUCUUUGAAGAGACGGGAAUCGAUGUGGGAGAAGAUCUCGGCAGCCUCGUGCCGCUCGCACCUGCUGGCGUCGGACCGUACAACAACAGAUUCUUCUUCUUCCUCCACCUCACAGACAAACUUCUCGCCGACGCUCCCCGAGCGCUCCAGUCAGACGACGCGGAGAAGCAGACCGCGAACGGAAACACACGAGCCCUUCUCUAUCCGGAGAACCGUGAUGGCCAUUCACCUCCGCUCGACGUGCAGCUUGCCGUUGGGCUGGACGAACACACAGGAUUUCGUUUCGUCGACAGCGCUGAAGAGGCGGCCGAGCUCGUCGUCAAGCACGCCGGGGGUCGUAGCACAAAAGCCCUCAAGGCUUUCCAGAAACUCCUCAACAAGCACGCGCCUCUCUCUCCUCUCGAAACUGUCCGCGCGUGUACGGACACUUCGUGA